GAGCAUUGUUCGGUACAUAGCAUUAUAGAUAGAUAGAGUAAUAAAACUUCGUCAUCCGCCAACGGAGCACACAACCUGCCUGGAAACCUGAUGCGUUACGAACGACUGGCUGGCCAAAGCGUUCUGUAACAGAUAAUACAAAGCGCAACAAUGUUCAGAUCGCGCAAGUCGUCCACAGUAUCUCCUCUCCAACCACCACCUGCAUCUACGGACCCGUCGUCGCGAAGUAUGCAGUCCCCCGCGGGCCAAGGACAACAGCAGCCCGUGCCGCCGUCGCACGCGCAUGGCGGUCGCGGCCAGGCGCAGGGCUGGGCGCCUCCCCAGCCGGCGUAUGCGGGAGAUAGUAUCGGAAGAGGGAAGAGUGCGGGCACGGGUGGAGAGGGAGCGAAGGAGAAGAGACGGAGUGGGUUUGGGUGGCUGGGAGGGAAGAAGAAGGACAAGGAAAAGGAGAAGGCAAAGGAGGAGCGGGAAAAGAUUGGUAACCGUCCCCGUCCGUCGUCCUUCUCCGUCGACCGGCCGUCCACCCAGUCCCAGACCCGUGCGCUGUCCGCCUCUGCGUCCCAAGCGUUCCCCCAGGCCCAGUCGCCAGUCCAGCCCCAGCCGCAGUACGCCGCCAGGCCGUUCGCACAGCACCAGACGCCGUCGCCUCCGCCGGGACAACAUCCGCGCUCGCUGUCGGGCAGCUCGGGGCAAGGGGUCCCAGCGUACGAAGGCCAGCGAUCGCAGAGCCUCGACCUUGGCCAGAUGCGACAGCAGCAAGGCGAUUACAGAAGCGGUGCCGCUAACGGCGUACCAGGAAAAGGAUCGCCGCUCGUGCCGCAAGCGCAGGAACAGCAGUCUCAGCAGCCACCAACGCAGAUGCCGCGGUCAGCCUCCAUGCCGAUGCAGCCGCCUGCGCCCGGCACCACGCCCAACGGCGGCUCAGGCUCGCCCCGCCGGGGAUCGACGCUCGGUACCCCGGCCCCGCCCGACCACGCGGGGCCUGUUGACAUGGACAGGUUCAGGGCGAUCGUGGACCUGAUCGCUAUCCAGCCGCAAAAGACCUAUGUCACCAGCCCGCCAGAGCUGGAAAUGAUCCUUGCGAGGACGAGCGCAGGCGGACAGCCCAAGCAGGGCCAGCCCGGGAGCGCGACGAAUGACUGGGAUGCUGUCUGGCUCCAGCUGUCGGGCAUUUCUCUGUCAAUGUGGUCGAUGAAGGAAACGCGAGCUGCUGCUGCCAAAGGCGAAAAGGUUCCACCGACCUACUUUAAUAUUACCGACUCGUCUCUUGAGCUCUUGGCUCCCCUCCCUCCGCCUCCUCACCGACCAAACUCGCAUCCUCACCACUUUGUCUUCUCUCUCAACACAGCCGGCUCCAAUCGGCUGCUAUUCUCCUGCCCGACAGAACUGGACCUUGCGCGAUGGGCUACAGGUCUCCGAUUAGCUGCCUGGGAACGUGCUAGACUGGAGGAAAUCUACACGGGCCACCUCGUCCAGUCGGGCGGGCGGGAGCCCCCUGUGGAAGUCGGUAAGGGCCGAUCAAGGAUGGAAGGAUGGGUCAGAGUUCGCGUCAUGGGCGGAACAGAGUGGCGUCGUCUUUGGUUGGUGCUGAGUACGCCAGCAGAAGGCAAGGAAGAAGAGAAAAAGGCUAAGCGAAGAAGUUUCUUUGGUAUGGGAGGUAAAGAAGAAGAGCAGGUCCCCUCAGAACCGAAUACCGGUAUGGUCAUGGCCAGCUUCUAUACAGAGCAGAGGACAUCCAAGAACAAGACCAGUGUCGUACCCAUUUUAACAAUAACCAAUGUUUCUCAAACCUAUGCCGUCUUCCCCGAAAGACUCGAGGUCAUGUCUCAAUCCAACUUGUUCAAGGUGGUUGGUCGGAUAAGCGGAGAGAUGGUCACCGUUGAAGGGCGCCUUCGGGAUUCUGGGUGGGCAUUGCUCAUGCCCGAACACGCUGAGAACGCAGGUGGGGCAAGUGCGACGGGUUCGGUAUCCAGUCAUGGCCAUGGACAUGGUCGUCAUCAAGGGCAAGGGAUCACACCUCUGAGUAGUAUGAUGCGCUGGGUAACCGGUUUCCACGAUGCGUUCAAGCUUUAUGGUAGACCUGAAAAAUACAUUUGGGAUACCAAAGACCCAAAAAGUCUUUUCUUCGCUUACCCUCAAGGACAAGACCGUUUUAAUUUAUUCUUGGAUAUCGAGGACGCCCUCUCUGGCAAUUUCCGCGUGACUACGCUCGCCGCCGUUCGGUCUCAGUUUGUUUCCCUCCUUCAUCGAAACCAGGUAUCAAACCAAAAUCGGUCCAAAGACGAGAAUACAAGGGAGUUUUCAGAGGAAAAUGAGGAUCAAGGAUUCCAACGGCAAGAUGGCAACUUUAGAUUGCCAUCUCUAUCGUUCAAUGAAGCAUCUCAGGAUCCAAACUUGCCCAGGUCUCUUACACCUAUCACCGAGCGUACGGAUAUCGCCAGUAGACAGAAUAGCACCCGUACUGCCAAUUCAGCAUUUACUGUUGUUGGUCUUGGUGGCGGGACGGGAGGAUCUGGCGAUCGAAAGACGAGUGGGACCAGCUCCAAGCAUGGAAGUCAGUCCAGCAAGCAUGAAGAGCACGAGAGAGAUAGGCUACCGCAGGUGAACGAUAGUCACCAGAUGUUUGCUCCCCUGACGGAAGAACCUGGUGAGGCCUACUCAAACUCUGGGUCCAACUCCACUGCUACCCCACACGUUGCUCCGGCGCCUUUACCAGGUGCUGGCGGCGGUAUCCAACGGAGCGAUAUCACACCGUCUUCACAAGAGUCCCAUUCGAUAUAUUCUCAGGAUACAGGGGCCACGCCUACUCCCGUGGGUGUUACGCCGUACCAAAGUGCCAAGGCUUCUCCACCCGUACAGCCUGCGCCUGCUUUGCCGGCUGAGCCUGAGCCCGAUAGCGACAAAGGCUUACCACACCCGUCUAUCCUCGCUUUCCCCAUAGCUCACGGUCAAAAGUCUCCUCUUGGUCAACCUGUGAUUACGAAUCCGGACCCGCCUAGCGAUUCACCGCCCACCCCUCAGCUACCGCCCAAACAGCAGCUUCCAGUCCAACCUGUUCCUUCCCAAGUACUUUCUCCGACCCCACGCAAGGUUUCCUCUGGUGAUACCGUUCCACAUGGAGUGGAGCUGAGAGAAGAGCCUGCGGCGAUGUACCUGAUGAAUAUGGUUGAAGAAAUUCCUAUGCCUCAACCUCAGGCGCCCAAAGCGAUUUCUCCUCAAAGACCGACAAUCAACACCAACUUUGAUGCUCAAGGUGGACUUGCAAACCCUGUCACAAAUAGGAAUCAAGAGGCGUCAGCUGUCGGGAAGAAGGAGACCCUUGGAAGGAAACCCUCGGGGGCACGAGCUUUACCAGCAAUCGCAAGGAGGAGCACUGGAUCUCGAAUGGAAGCCAUUGAGGAUCGGCCUGCCGGUUCCCACAUUCAGGAGAAUGGCCAGAUCCAGGCUACAUCAGCUGAGCCCUCUCAUUCGAAAGCGUCGUCCCAGACUUCUCAACUCGAUCUGGGAGAUGACGUUUCUUCCUAUAUUCACUAUGCGGAUAAUCCUUCCCCCGCCAGACCAAAGACGGCACCUGCCCAAACGAAGCCCGUGCCUCCCAAAUCGGUAUCUCCUCCGCAAGAAGAGAUCCGUUCAAGUUUCGCUCCUUCCAAAGCCGCAGUGGAAAGGCGGGCCAAGGCGGAGCAGACGGCGAGGGAGCAGGAGAUGGCUAAGCGUAUGCCAGGUGGCGGAAAGAGGGCGGCGAGUAAUGUGGGUACGAUGCCUGGAUUUGAAAGUUCGGACGAGGAAUCGGAAGAGGAAAGUGAAGACGACUCUCCUAUGACGCAGAAGAGACAAGGGCUACCACUUGCGCCUGCUGCCUCAAAGGCGCCUGAGCAAGCAAGCCCCAACACCCCGCAACUUGCGACAUUGAUGAAUGCCAGGGCUUUGCCCCCUGUGCCGAGGAUGCAGCCGCCAGAGGUCAGAUUGCCUGCUGAAAAUAACGAGCCGCGUAUGAGGCGAGACAGUCAAUUCAGUCAGUCUACAGGUCAGUAUGACCCCCGUGCCAGCCAGUUCAUGGAGCGUCCUCGUCCUGUCUCUCGAACUCCCAGUCCUGGCAAUGUUAAUGUUGCGAACGGACGGCCCAUCUCGACGCUCACCUACAACAAUAAUGCCGGAUUCUAUCCCAUCCCCGGCCCUCGUCAGUCACCUGCGAAUAACGCCCCACCGGCUGCUCGUCAAACAGUUUGGAAUGCCAACUUUUCUACUGAGCACGGUAUGCCUGAGCAGCACAAAUCUGGAAAGUUUGUAGAGCUAGAGGAACCUUCAGUUCAGCUCACUAAAGCUUUCGCACCGCAUGGAUUGUUGCAGGCCGGUAUGCAAGACAAGGAAGAACGUUCUGCAAAGAAGCAAGAAGAGCUCGCAAGAGAAACUGGUAGCAGCUUGAUCAAUGUCGCUGCCAAACCUCCUCCCCCCCAAACUGGGCUAAUUGGUGCCGUUGCCGCGCAUGAAAGAGAUAGGAAGAAUGCAGGUGGUAUCGGUGCUACGUUGACAGACCGAGAAAGGGAAAAGAGACUGGCCGAGGACAGGCAAAGAGAGAUUGAAAGACUUCAGAAACAGCAAAUGGGACAGUUCGGUGGAGACAUGUAUCCGCCGAACUUUGGCUAUGGUACGAGUCCGAGCCCUAUGGCAAUGGGUAUGAACAUGCCCAUGAUGAACAUGGGAUAUCAGGGACAGAUGAACCCUUAUGCUCAGCAACAGGCCAUGCUAGCUGCCCAGAUGGCGUAUCAGCAGACCAUGAUGGCUAUGUCUCAGGCUGGAUCGCAAGCAGGAGACUUCCCCGAUCGAGCUCAGUUUUCUUCCCAGUUUCGCCCUCGUCAGCAGCCAGGCGCAGAUGGUCGCUCAGUAUCUCCUACCGGCAGCAUGGGCGGUCAAACAUCUCCUCCGCCUAUGGGUGUUCCAUCCUUCUAUGGCUAUCCGCAGGGGGUGGGCAUGCCUCCCCAAAUGGGUAUGGGUGGUAUGGGUAUGCCACAGAUGCAGAUGCCCUGGAUGAUGUCUCCUGGCGCCAUGUGGGGCAUGCCUACCCCUCCGACUGGACCAGGAAGCCCCAUGGGUCAGCCGAGGUAUGAUUAUAUGCAGCCUGGGAACGCAGGGAUGGGAAGUGAAGCAAGCAGUGCGAGAGGGAGGAAUAGAGGCAGUAGUGGGGAAGAUCUUGGCCAGCGUGUAAAUUAAAUAAUGAGAAUAGGUAUCGAUGAUUUUGAAAGAAGGAAUGGUGUUUACGACUUAUGACCACAAA